AUGGAGUGGUCACAUCUCGCUCGUCGGCGACAAGCAGUUGCCCGGAAGCUUGAUCUGUCAAGGCCGCUGGAUCCAGGUCAGCUAUUUGGCGAGCAGCAGCAACCUUCCCGGGUGCCACUCAAUCCGAGAUCACCACUCGGCAGACAGCAAGCCUCGGCCCAACGCGCCCAGCCGAACGACGACCCAUGGAAGGAACUGCUCCAAAGCCAGAGUGACCCUGACAAGAAACAGAAACAAUCCGAUCCAGACGUGGAUAUCAAAACUUGGGCUUGGGUCGAUGAGGAUGCCAGUAGAUUCGACGGCACAACAAAGGACAUGCCGAUGCAGCAGAAAGUUAGUCCAGCCCCGCGAGUGAGUGAUUCUUCCGCUCCCGACUCUCGCUGGCGGGAUAAAAAGAGCCGGAGAAGCCGUGACGACCGUGACGACCGUGUACGGCGAUCGGAUAAACCUAAGAAUACUGCCUCCCGUCGUAGCUACGAGGAGGACGACGAUUUCGACGAGUCGUACGAAGAGCGCCGCCGACGGAAGGCUGAACGGCAGAGGCAAAAGCUGGCGGCAUUAGAAGCAGCUGGCCCGACACCAAUUUUACUGCCAGAGUAUAUCAGUGUAGCUAAUCUGGCUACGGCCCUGCGUCAAAAGGUCGAUGUCUUUGUAGCGCAGCUCGAGGACCUUGGUUUUGAGGAGGUCAGCAAAGAAAACAUCCUGACGGGCGAGACAGCAGCCCUGAUAGCUCAGGAAUACGGCUUCGAACCGACGGUGGAUACGGGUGAGGAUGAAGACCUCAAGCCGCGACCACCUCCGGAAGAUCUUUCUUCUUUACCGCUGCGCCCGCCCGUCGUCACCAUCAUGGGUCACGUCGACCACGGUAAAACCACGCUGUUGGACUACCUGCGCAAGUCUUCUAUCGUGGCCCAAGAACACGGCGGCAUCACACAGCACAUUGGUGCCUUUUCGGUGAAGAUGUCGUCCGGAAAGCAAAUCACGUUUCUCGACACACCCGGCCACGCCGCCUUCCUGGCGAUGCGCCAGCGUGGUGCUCUAGUUACGGACAUGGUGAUUCUGGUGGUUGCUGCCGACGAUAGUGUCAUGCCGCAGACGCGGGAAGCAAUCAAGCAUGCCCGUGCCGCCAAGGUUCCCAUCAUUGUGGCCAUCAACAAGAUUGACAAGCCUGAGGCCAACGUCGACCGUGUCAAGUCUGAUUUGGCCAGCCACGGCGUUGAGAUUGAGGAUUACGGCGGCGAUGUGCAGGUUGUCUGCGUCAGCGGCAAGACGGGCCAGGGUAUGGACGACCUAGAGGAGAACAUCUUGACGCUCUCGGAGAUGCUCGACAUUCGCGCCGAAACGGACGGCAUGGCCGAGGGGUGGGUGCUAGAGUCCACCAUCAAGCCACUUGGGCGCGUCGCUACGGUGCUGGUAAAGCGUGGCACGCUUCGGCCGGGUGACUUCAUCGUCGCCGGGUGCGCCCAUGCCAAGAUCCGCUCGCUCCGCAAUGAGGCAGGUGUUGAGGUUCGGGAAGCCCCCCCUGGGACGGCAGUCGAGAUUCUCGGCUGGAAGGAGCCUCCAGAAGCCGGUGACAUGGUUCUUCAGGCACCCGACGAGGACAAGGCCAAAGCAGCAGUGCGAUACCGACAGGAGCUCAAGGACCGCGGGGAGGUGAUUGCGCAGAUGGCGCAGCAGGAGCAGGACCGGCGCGAACUGGAGCGGGAGAGAGAGGAGGCUGCUGCUGCCGCGGACUCUGGCAAAGAUGGCGACCCCGCAAAUACGGAGCCCGAACAAUCAGGUACCAAAUACGUCAACUUCACCGUCAAGGGCGACGUUCACGGCUCGACCGAGGCCGUCGCCGCAUCCAUUCUCGAACAGGGCAACAACGAAGUGCGUGCACGCGUGCUGCGCUCAUCGCCAGGCCAGAUCAACGAGUCGGACGUGGAACACGCCGCCGUCUCGGGCAGCACCAUCGUCAACUUCAACAACCCCAUCCCGCCUCGCAUCAGGGCCCUGGCAGAUGAUGCGGGAGUCAAGAUCAUGGAGCAUAACAUCAUCUACAACGUGAUUGAGGAUGUCAGGGAACAGUUGGCGGCGGCGCUGCCGCCCGUCAUCAUCCAGAAGGUGGUGGGCGAGGCCGAGGUGCUGCAGAUCUUCCCUAUCAACCUCAAGGGGCGGGUCUACAAGAACAUCGCGGGCUGCAGGGUUAACAAUGGUUUGGUAUUGAAGGGCGCCAAGGCCAGGGUCCUGCGGCACGGUGAGACGGUCUUCGAGGGCGUUAUUGAGACUCUCAGACAAGUCAAAAAGGAUGUCACCGAGAUGAAGAAGGGUAGCGAGUGCGGUCUGUCAUUUGCAGACUGGGACGAGCUCCGACAGGGCGACCACAUCCAGGUCCUAGAGGAGAUCGUCGAGAAGAGGCGGCUGUAA